UGUUUGUGUGACUUUUUAAACCGCCUUCUUAACAUGUGGUCCAAGCUAUGAGUGGGAAGAACUGGUAAUGUGGAGGUUGUGUACACCAAUGGGGAAGGGCUUGGCCAUGCACUGCAAAAAAAAUUAAUUGGUGCUGUAAACUUGAAAACCAAAUUUUCUCACUUAAUUAAAGUGUUCAUUAUUUAGGUCAAGCUCUGCAGGGCGCACACAUUUGGUUGAGGGGAAAUGUGUUUCCGGAAUUAUCACCACGCCAAAUAACUUUUUGUGGUGUUUUUUUUUUUUUUUUUUUUUUUUUUUUGCAGUGUAUCCGCUUUACGCACACGUUGUCUGAAAUUUGAUUCGAGUUUAAAAGCCCCCGACAGCAGCCACAAGUCAGAGAGCAACGGGUUUGUGUCUGUGAACAUCAGGUAGCUCCUUAUACGGAUUGGAGAGGCACUUCGCAGCCCCUCUGGCACUGUAUCUGUUAGGGCGCACAGAGGGGCAGUGCCAUGCACACUCCUGAUUAUGCGCUGCUCCUGAGCGGAGGCAACCAGUCUUUGAUUUUCAGCCCCACCAAUGACCUAACGAUGGGAACGCCUGGAAACAACACCGUCCACCCGAAUGGAUCCGAUCCGUUUGCGAGAAACGAGGAGGUGGCCCAAAUCGAGAUCAUGGUCCUGAGCAUCACCUUCGUGGUUGCUGUGAUUGGGAAUGUGAGCGUCCUGCUGGCAAUGUACAACACCAAGAAGAAGAUGUCGCGGAUGCACCUUUUCAUCAAACACCUCAGCCUGGCUGACCUGGUGGUCGCCUUCUUCCAGGUGCUGCCGCAGCUCUGCUGGGAGAUCACCUUCCGCUUCUACGGCCCUGACUUUCUCUGCAGGAUAGUAAAGCACCUCCAGGUGAUGGGGAUGUUUGCGUCCACCUACAUGAUGGUGAUGAUGACCCUGGACCGUUACAUCGCCAUCUGCCACCCCCUGAAAACCCUCCAGCAGCCCACUCAGCGCUCCUACAUCAUGAUCAUCUCCACGUGGAUGUGCAGCCUGGUGCUCAGCACACCUCAGUACUUCAUCUUCUCCCUGAGCGAGAUCAAGAACGGCUCGGAUGUCUACGACUGCUGGGCGAACUUUAUCGAACCUUGGGGCGCCAAGGCUUACAUCACCUGGAUAACCGUGGGCAUCUUCCUCGUGCCCGUGGUCAUUCUCAUGAUGUGCUACGGGUUCAUCUGCCACAGCAUAUGGAAAAAUAUCAAAUACAAGAAAAGGAAAACGAUGGCUGGUGCUGCGAGCAAGAACGGGCUAAUUGGAAAGAAUUCAGUCAGCAGUGUCACAACUAUAUCAAGAGCCAAACUGAGGACCGUAAAAAUGACUUUUGUGAUAGUUUUGGCUUACAUUAUUUGCUGGGCUCCGUUUUUCACAGUGCAGAUGUGGUCUGUGUGGGAUGAAAACUUCCAGUGGGCUGAUUCUGAGAACACAGCAGUGACUCUGUCUGCGCUCCUUGCCAGUCUCAACAGCUGCUGUAACCCGUGGAUAUACAUGAUCUUCAGUGGUCACCUCCUCCAGGAUUUUGUGCACUGCUUCUCCUGCUGCCGCAAAGUGAACACUGACUUCAAGAAGGAGGACUCGGACAGCAGCAUCCGCAGAACGACGCUGCUGACUAAGAUGACCAAUCGGAGUCCCACUGGCAGCACUGGCAACUGGAGGGAGCUGGACAAUUCUCCCAAGUCCUCCAUUCAGGCGGAAUGAACACACAGCCAGGCAACUCUGUUUACGGGGGCUAGGGGUGGGGGUGGGGGUGUGAACGCACAUGUGGCAGUGGCACCACGGUACACAAACAGUAUCAGCUCAUCUUAAUUCUGGACAUGACUGACAGUGACUGAAAUGUCACUCACACUCACACAAACCCACAAAGCAGAUCAAGCUCCUCACAUGGAAAACAUAAAACAGAGUGAAAAUAGAUGAUGUAGAUUGAGAAUUUUCAGCAAUGAUAGCAAAUAUAGGCUCAUUACCUGUUUCUUCAUGCUGGAUUCUAUGUGCAAUCAUGUUCUUUUUUAAAUAACCUACAUGAAAAUAUAAGAAAAACAUCAGGAAAGGAAGUGAAAUUGCAAUGUUUUACUUUAUCAUGUUAUCUCCACAUUUGUUGGUAGAUGCUGACAUUAUGUUUUUAAAUUGUUUUGUUGAAUUUAGUCUUAAUACUUGAAAAUCUGAGAGCCUGAAGGAGUCUCUUCAAAUCCCAACACGAUUUCUUUUUUUAAAUGCUUUUCAGAGAAAGUACUUUUCCAUGGAUACAGGUGCUUUUAUCUGGUGGUUAUGUCUCCCUGCACUGCCGCCAAACACCCUUUCCUGUUAGAGUGUUUACAAAGAUAAAACUUAUGUAGCAGCCAAGCGGUGUGUGGUAGUGUAAACGACCAGACCGCAGGUCUCUAAGUAACUGAGGCAGUCACCCCACAUUAAAAAAUCUGCUUUACAAAAAAUAAAAUUAAUUUAAAAUCUGCAUCCACCUUUUCCACCAAGGAUUUGUUUCAUGUUGAGGCAGGCAGCCCUUUGUGUGGAUCCUUAAAGAAGGGUUUCUUUCUGUUCAGCAGAGGCAGGUGGAAUCCCCUUGAAAAUAGCAGGAGAUUCACCUACACACACAAACACACACACACGGGUGUGUAGGGGCUGUUGGGGGUUGUGAGCCUGGCCGCAGUUGGGAGUCUACCUACCGACCUGCUUUCUCAGAAUGUUGGGGAGAAGCUCACACAUUCCACACACACUACGUCAACACAUUUCCUGAUUUUUUUUGUCUGACAUCCUGCACCAUUGGGGGCAUGUGUUUUGGCUUCAUUUUCGCUCCAGACAAAAACAAUUUCCUGCAUGUUCAUGUGAUCUACAGCACGGUAUUCGUUUCUCAGACCACCCUGAGAACCCCAGAGGAAAAUGUAUAGUUACUUAUCAAAAUAUUUUUAUCUGAGUGUAAAGUACAUAAAAGUCUUUUGUACAUAAAAGUCACUUAAAUAUCUGUAAAUAGGAGUAAUAUAUGUAUAUCUGUUCAACGUGAAUUCUAUUCGUCUGUAAUGGCUUGUGCACAUUGAAAAGAAUCAAAAAUAUCCUAUAAAUAUAUGUUGAAAUAUACAUAUUGAUGUACUGAA